UUGAAGGGUAGGUUGGCUGCUACCAGCAAGCCUCGUGGGAUCUAAACGAAACUUGACUAUUACCAGCAACCUUUGAUAUCAGUUGGGAAAAUAAAAUCUCAAGGAUAAGGGUUAAAAAUUCAUUCUGAGUGGGUAUUUUUAAAUUUAUCCAGAGAUUUCAUUCCCUUGGCUGUUAUAUGGGGUUAUAACCCGGGUCAAUAUCGAAAUUUUCUUAGGAUCUAACUGGGACUUUGGCCCUUUUAAUCCCUCCUCUUUUGUUUUCUAUACUAUUUUUCUUAAUAAAUUUAACUGGGACUUCUUGGAGUGACGCUACAACUCUGUGUGUGCGAGUGAGAGAGAGUGUGUUUCUAUUCCCAAAGAGGAGAGAAUGGCUUCAGUUGGAGUGGAGGAGAAGAAGCUUCAUGCAGUUUGCAUACCAGCACCAGCCCAAGGCCACAUAAACCCCAUGCUCAAGGUUGCAAAACUUCUUUGCCACAGAGGUUUCCACAUCACCUUCGUGAACACUGAAUUCAAUCACAAACGCCUACUCAACUCAAGAGGCCCUGAUUCUGUAAAAGGCUUACCUGACUUCCAAUUCCAGACUAUCCCGGACGGUCUCCCACCUUCUGAUAUAGAUGCCACCCAAGAUGUCCCCGCCCUUUGUCAAUCCACACGCACCACUUGCUUAGUCCCCUUCCGCAACCUCCUCUCCAAUCUCAACACCACAGUCCAUAUACCUCCAGUCACUUGCAUAGUCUCUGAUGCUGUCAUGAGCUUCACCCUCCAAGCUGCAGAGGAAAUUGGAGUCCCUGAAGUACUGUUCUGGACGAGCAGCCCCUGCGGCCUCUUGGCUUGCAUGCACUUUCGCCAUCUCAUGGAAAGGGGCCUUACACCUCUCAAAGAUAUGAGCUACCUAUCGAAUGGGUACCUGGACACUACUUUGGAUUGGAUCCCAGGAAUGAAAAAUAUCCGUCUGAGGGAUAUGCCCAGUUUUAUUCGAACUACCAAUCCCGAUGACUUCAUGCUCCAAUUUAUCAAGGGAGAAACAGAGAGAGCUUACAAAGCUUCUGCAAUAAUUCUAAAUACUUUUGAUGUCCUUGAGAAGGACGUUGUGGAUGCACUCUCAACGAUGUUGCCUCGCGUUUACACCAUCGGCCCUCUUCCCUUGAUGUUGGAUCAGAUUAAAGACGAUAGAUUGAGCUCUAUCGGGUCCAAUCUAUGGAAAGAAGAAUCAGAGUGUCUUGAAUGGCUUGAUUCCAAAGAACCCAGUUCUGUGGUUUAUGUCAACUUUGGGAGCAUCACAGUAAUGACUCCUCAGCAACUCAUGGAGUUCGCGUGGGGGCUAGCUAAUAGCGACCACUCCUUCUUGUGGAUCAUAAGGCCCGAUCUCGUAGCCGGUGACUCAGCCAUGCUUCCGUACGAGUUUGUGAGCCAAACCAAAGAGAGAGGAGUGCUGUCAAGUUGGUGUCCACAGGAGCAAGUGCUGAACCACCCAGCCAUAGGUGGUUUCUUAACGCACUGUGGGUGGAACUCUACACUCGAAAGCAUCUGCGGUGGUGUGCCUGUGAUUUGUUGGCCAUUCUUUGCGGACCAGCAAACUAAUUGCAGAUACUGCUGCACUCACUGGGGGAUAGGUUCAGAGAUUGACAACAAUGUUAAGAGGAAUGACGUUGAAAGGCUUGUGAGAGAAUUAAUGGAAGGAGAUAAGGGUAAAGAGAUGAAGACCAACGCCAUGGUUUGGAAAAAGAAAGCAGAGGCGGCCACGAGUCCUGUUGGCUCUUCUGUCCUCAAUUUCGACAAUCUGGUGAACGAAAUACUUCUUUCCAAUCGAAACUAAAACUUCGCCAAACCUCUUUUAAUUUUACCGAAAUAGAUUUGAUGUUGCUGUAAUAUUUGCCUUACUAGAUUCUACUCCCCUUCUUUAGGAGCAGUUUUUUUUUACUUUAUUCCUUGGUUAUGUACAAUUUAUAUACAAUUCCUGCAAUUUAAUUUUUCAUUAUAUAAA